CCCUCGCGGGCUGUGGGGUGCGGGCGGCGGGCAGGGGCUGCCGGCGGCGGGGUCGGGAUGGCGCAGCCCGGGGAGGCCUCGGGUCACACGGAGACCACCAGCGCCGGCAUGGACAGCAACGUCCUGGCCAUCGUCAUCGCCGCCACGGUGUCCACCUCCGUCUUCAUCGUGGCGAUCCUCAUCCUGCUGCUACUCCUGUACCACCGGGACCCCAUGUGCUGCCAGUUCCUCUGCUCCUGCCGCCUCUUCCAGACCCCCAGCCAGUAUGAGCGCCCYCCGCCCUAUUUCAGCAGCAGCCAGCGGCUGGUGGGACCCCAGCAUGGAACCUCACGGCUGGAGAAUGCUGCUGAGAACCCYGGCCUGCAGGGAGAUGAGCUCUUCUGCGUCGGACCCCCCAGCACGUACCAGCUCCCGUCCUGGGAACAGCCCCGCCUGCCCAGCUACGAGAGCGUGCGGAAGAAAGAUCGCCAGCGGGAAAUCCAUCAGAUGAUUGCCGACAGGUUUGGGCUGUGGGCAGAGCCAUCCCAGGAGAUGCCGCCUCCCUAUGAGCACGCUCUGAGGCAUCCUCCAGCUUUCUCAGGAACAGGAAUUAGCUCCGAGACCUUGGACAGACGUGGUGUUCCAGACCCUUUCCAUGCCCCUCUCAGCUACCAAACUCAGCGAAACACUGCGGUGUAAGGCCUUGGCCUCAGCAUACUUGUGCUGUCAGCAACAGAAGUGCCUGGGACACUGUUCUCCUCAGCAGGGAAUGGCCAAACCUUCACCCAGAUCAGUGAAAACACAACCAAGCCUGACCCAGCCACCAGUGACAUCCCUCCAGCAGCACAAGGACAACCACGGAGCCAUCGCUGGGUACCAUGCUGAGCAGAGCAACCAUGCAUGUCUGAAAGCUCUUCUCUGGCAAACACCAAAGACAAAGGUCCAGCUGCUGGAGCUGCACAGGGCAAAGCCAAGGGGAAGGUGUGCUGGGCCAGAGCUCCUCAGGAGCAGCAUUUCAUACCUCUGUGAGGCAGCACUGCUGGCUGUACCAAGGAUCAGACCUCAGGCACUGGUGGUGUUGUGCUGCUUCACUUGUUUCUAACGUUACAAAGGAUCUUCCUGUAUCUGGAUUGGCUGCCAGGUGGGAAUCCUCACCUGUGAAUGGCAGAAUCAUGUGCAGCAGAGCAUUUCUGUGUGCUCGGGCAUCAACAGCCCCUGUGACCAACAGUGGUUCUGUACAGACCUCUGACACAGAUUUGGAGGAGCCACAGGGGUUAUACCCAAAUACUGACCACUGGGAUGAACCAUGGGACUGGAUUUGCAGGCUGGGAAAGGACAGACGUGUGGACUGAACAGCUGGUGGUCUCCACAAAAGCUGUGAUGCACAGGUGGACAGUGUGGCUGACCCAGCUCACCUGGUCUUCUGCARAGCAGAAGAAUUGUCCAAUAAUGUCAACACUGGUGUCCUUACCCCACUGAUUUUAAUAACCUGUUUUCUACUGCAGAGUCAAUGUUUGAAAUUGUUUACAAACCUGUAGAUAAAAUGAGAUUGGUUUGGCCAUGAGGCAUUGGGGCUCCUUUAUUUUGAGCAAUAUAAGCUCAAAAAUGUCUUGUAAUGACUCAGAGAUAAAAGGAUUAAUAUCCUGAAUAAUGCUUUAUCAUACACCUCCAGCUGCUAAGCUUKAAAUACCAGCCUAGACUUGGGCAUCUUACCAGGUCCCCAGAACUUAGUCAUGAGUUACAGUUAGGCCUGUGGACUUGCCUCAUGUUGCCAAUGAAUGGAACACUGAGAUAUUUGAGUUAAUCAUUGAGGUGAAUGAGGUACAGGGAAAAAUCCAGCUUCCUGGGACACAUUAGGUCAUUGUGGAGAAGGAUCUGGUCUGCAGUACUAUGAAUUAAGGUACAAAUAGAACAGUAAUGACUAAAAAAGAGUAAAGAUAGAGGGAAUUAUUAGUGGGACAAGUACUGAUAUAAAAGUAGAGGGAACUCAAUUAGUAGUGCAAUGGAACAAACAGGCUC